UUUCUACCCAAGUAGUACCCAAACACAACUUUUCUUUUUUUGCCGUCUCGACUUCUCUCUCUAAAAAAAACUAACAAGCCUUUCUCUCUCUAAGAUUCGCAUUUUUUUCUCCCAAAUUUUGAUUUUGUAGAUCGAAGAAUAUCAAAUUGAAGCGAUCGCGGUGGAGUCAGAUCGAUUAAUUGGGGCAAUCGGAGGCGGAGUGUUGGCAAUUCGAUCGCAUGAGUUAAAUUAGGGUUUGUGAUUUUUGAUUUUUGAUUGGAGGAUUGUUUUUGGGGAUUUUGAUUAGUAGGUUAUUAGGGUUUGAUAAUUAAGAGAAGGGAGGGGUGGGAUUGAUGGUAGGGUUAAGAAGGGAAAAUGCAGGAAGAAGGCUAUUAUGCAUGGCGGGAGGGUCUGUGAGGAAAGGAAAAAAGGAGGUGGAGACCGCCGGCACAUGUGGAAAGAUUCCACACGUGUUGUGAAUUUUAAUUCUGUUUUUGGUGGUGCCGUUGAUAGUUCCGGUGACGUUUCGUCGUGUUCUUCUGUAUCUUCAAAUAUUUCGUUUCUGAAGGAUGGCCGUAGGAUCAGCGUUGGAGAUUGUGCGCUUUUUAAACCACCUCAAGAUGCGCCGCCUUUCAUUGGAAUAAUUCGUUGGCUGAGUUCUGGUAAAGAGAACGAGUUAAAGUUAGGUGUGAAUUGGCUAUAUCGACCAUCUGAAGUUAAGCUCGGCAAAGGCAUCCUUUUGGAAGCCGUGCCAAACGAAGUAUUUUAUUCCUUUCAUAAGGAUGAGAUUCCUGCUGCAUCCUUACUCCAUCCGUGUAAAGUUGCCUUUCUUCCUAGAGGUGUUGAACUUCCAUCAGGGUUUUGCUCAUUUGUUUGCCGGCGUGUUUAUGACAUUACUAACAAGUGUUUAUGGUGGCUAACCGAUCAAGAUUACAUUAAUGAACGGCAAUUAGAAGUAGAUCAGCUAUUGUGUAAGUCGCGUACAGAAAUGCAUGCAACAGUGCCUCAAGGUGGGCGUUCACCAAAGCCAUUGAAUGGUCCGACAUCAACUUCACAGGUAAAACUGGGUUCAGACAGUGUACAAAACAGUGCCUCGUCCUUCCCCUCUCAAGUUAAGGGAAAGAAAAGGGAACGGGGAGAUCAGGGAACUGAGUCUGUAAAACGAGAACGUUCUUCAAAAUUAGAUGAUGGUGACUCUGGGUACUUUAGGUCCGAAAGCUUUUGGAAAUCUGAGAUUUCUAAAUUUACGGAAAAAGGAGGGCUCAUUGAUUCUGAAGGUGUUGAGAAAUUUGUGCAACUUAUGCUGCCCGAAAGAAAUGAAAAGAAGAUAGACUUGGCAGGUCGUUCCAUACUGGCAGGUGUAAUAGCAGCCACUGAUAAGUUUGAUUGCCUUAAUCAGUUUGUGCAGCUCAGGGGCUUGCCUGUAUUUGAUGAGUGGCUGCAGGAGGUGCAUAAAGGGAAGAUUGGCGAUGUUAACAGCCACAAGGAUAAUGAUAAAUCAAUUGAGGAGUUUCUCUUAGUUUUACUUCGUGCUCUUGACAAACUUCCUGUAAAUCUUCAUGCUUUGCAAAUGUGUAACAUAGGGAAAUCUGUGAAUCAUCUGCGUACACAUAAGAAUUUGGAAAUUCAGAAAAAAGCUAGGGGCCUUGUUGACACAUGGAAGAAACGUGUUGAGGCUGAAAUGGAUGCAAGGUCUGGUUCUAAUCAGGCUGUAUCAUGGGCAACAAGACCACGUCUUCCUGAGAUUUCCCAUGGCAUGAACAGACAUUCCAGUGCAUCUUCAGAACUUGCAAUCAAGAGUUCACCUAUCCAAAUUUCUGCUUCAAAAAAUCUUCCAGUGAAGGUGGUCCAGAUGGAGAUCAUGGCCAAGUCUGUUGCUGUCUCCCCAGGAUCAGUGAAACAAGUACAAUCUCCAGCAUCUGUGGGUAACAACUUUAAAGAGGGGCAGGUCCGGAAUACUGUUGUUAGUGGGGCAUCUGACCCUGCUUUGACAGCUACAAGAGAUGAUAAAAGCAGCAGUUCUAGUCAGUCUCACAACAAUAGUCAAUCUUAUUCCAGUGAUCAUGCCAAAACUGGGGGACUUUCUGCAAAGGAGGACGCAAGAAGCUCUACUGCUGUUUCAAUGACAGCUAAUAAAACCGUUGGGAGUUCAUCUCGGCAUCGAAAAUCUGUCAAUGGAUUCCAGGGUGUGGCUGUAAGUGGGAUCCAAAAGGAGACUGGACCAGGCAGGGGGUUUUCCUUUCACCGAAGUCAGGGUGCGGAGAAAUUAUCUCAGUCCAGUAUGAUAUGUGAAAAGGCAGUUGAUGUUCCUAUAUCUGAGAAUCACAAGUUAAUCGUUAAGAUCCCUAACAGGGGUCGUAGUCCUGCACAAAGUGCAAGCGGGGGAUCUUUUGAAGACCCUUCGGUCAUGAAUAGCAGGGCUUCUUCUCCUGUGCUUGCAGAAAAGCGUGAACAGUUUGAUCACAGCAUGAAGGAAAAGAAUGAUGCAUAUCGAAGUAAUGUUAUCUCUGAGGUCAAUAAUGAGUCCUGGCAAAGCAAUGAUUUUAAGGAAGUGCUCGCAGGAUCUGAUGAAGCGGAUGGUUCUCCUGCCACUGUCCCUGAUGAAGAGAACUGCAGGACUAAUGAUGAUGGGAGGAAAUUGUCAGAUGCUUUGAAAGCUGCUUCUUCAUCAUCAGGAAAUGAACAUAAAUCAGGAAAAUUGCACGAAGGUUCUUUUAGUUCCAUGAAUGCGUUGGUUGAAAGCUGUGUCAAGUACUCUGAAGCGAAUGCCUCAAGGACAGCGGGAGAUGAUGUUGGAAUGAACCUUCUUGCCAGUGUGGCUGCUGGUGAGAUUUCCAAAUCUGAUAUGGCCUCUCCAAAUCAAUCUCCAGAAAGAAACACCACUGCUGUAGAGCAGUCUUGUGCAAGCAAUGACUCCAGAUUGAAAUCAUAUCCAGGUGAUGACCUUGCUCGAGACAGGAGACAGUUUGUAGAUGGUUUUGAUGAUGAAUGUGAGAAGCGGGGUAGUAUUACAGGCACUUCAGUUCCUUUGGUUACAAAAGAUAAAAUUAUUUCAUGUUCGCAUGAAGAACCAACAGAGGUGUUUAAUGGACGUUUAACUUCUUCCGGUAUGAAUGUUCAGCAAAGGUCAGAAUCCUGCCCAGAGAGCUGUAUGAAAUCAGAAGAAUCUUUACCAGCCACUUCAAGGAUUACAGAUAAAACAUCAAAUAGUGCAGAAAAAGCAUGGGAGGAAAGGACAGAUAUUAAAUCAAAUGCGGAUGACUUGUGUGAUGCAAAAGAAAGGUUACACAAUAGUCUUCGAAGUGAAAAUAAGUCUGAUGUUGCCGGUCUAGAAGGUGGGAAUGAACCUGUUGAAGGAUCCUGCUCAUCUAUGGCAAUUGACGGUGAGAACACUAAAAUUUUAAAUGAAGAGUUGAAUAUUCCUGGGCAGGCAGAGCAAAAACCACCUGCAAUGACGCACUCUGAUUUUGUAAGAGGAACUGUUGGGGAUGUGAUAAGUCCUGCUUCUGGAAAAGAUGAGGUUUCUGAAGUUGGUGGUAGUGUGAUGAAGACUGAAAAGGCUGAUGAAACAGAUGGCAAGAGUCAGCCUACUGAAAAAGGAAGUGUUGCAGCUGAAUGUAUUGUCGGCUCCGCAGCUAUGGAUAAAAGGGUCGAGUCUGUGGAAAAGAGUCUAGAAGGUAAUCAGCCUAAAGAACAAGAUCGCAGUGACCCAGCUGUUCCCAAGGCCUCUUCCAUCUUCGGUCCUGACUCAGAGCAGGCAGUAAGGUCUAGAGGUCUUAAGUUGACCGGCAACGAUACUGAUGAAGCUGAGGAAAGUACAUCUGGUGCUGGUGGUGCAGUUUCAUCAUUUGCGGCAGGAGGAUCAGCUAUUGAAGCAAAAGUGGGAUUUGAUCUUAAUGAAGCUGAUGAUGGGAGAUACGGGGAUCCAAGUAACUCAAGAGCCCCUGAAUGCUCUACUGCUGUUCAACUUAUAAGUCCUUUGCCUAUACCAGUAUCUUCUGGUUUUAAUGGCUUACCUUCUUCAAUCACUGUGGCUUCUGCUGCAAAAAGGCCUUUUGUUCCUCCAGAGGACUUGUUGAAGAAUAGGGGGGAGCUUGGUUGGAAGGGGUCAGCAGCCACAAGUGCAUUCCGCCCAGCCGAACCUAGAAAAUUUUUGGAGACGUCUGUAGGAACCAGCAAUGGCUCUCUCUCUGAUGUAGCUGCUACCAAGCCUAGUCGCCCGCCAUUGGAUUUUGACUUGAAUAUUCCAGACGAAAGAAUCCUUGAUGAUUUGGCUUCUCGAGGAUCUGUAGCUGGCCUUUCUAAUAAUCUUAAUCUACAACGUGAUGCAGCAGUGGUUUCUACAGCUGCACGUAGCUCGGGGGGACUCGAUCUUGAUUUGAAUAGAGUGGAGGAGCCGUAUGAUAUGAUUAAUCACUUAACAAGUAACAGUCGUAGGAUAGAUGCGCAUGUUCAGGGAGUCAGAUCCUCUUCAGGGCCUGUUCUUAAUGGAGAAUCGACUGUCCGCAGAGACUUUGACUUGAAUGAUGGGCCCCUUGUGGAUGAGGUAAAUGCUGAACUAGCUCCAUUUAGCCAGCACACCAGGAAUAGUAUGCUUUCCCAGCCAUCUAUAUCUGGCCUUCGGUUAAACAAUACGGAGAUGGGAAAUUUCUCUUCAUGGUUUUCUCAAGUGAAUUCUUAUCCAGCUGUUGCUAUUCAAUCUAUCUUGCCGGAGAGAGGAGAGCAUCCUUUUCCAAUGGUCGCACCUGCUGGGCAUCAGCGAAUUUUGGCCCCUCCUACAGGAAGCACCCCAUUCAAUACUGACCUCUACAGAGGGCCAGUGCUGUCAUCAGCACCUGCAGUACCCUUUCCAGGCUCGCCAUUCCAGUAUCCUGUCUUUCCUUUCGGGACCAAUUUUCCUCUACCGUCAGCUACAUUUUCGGGUGGGUCGUCAACAUAUGUGGAUUCAUCACCUGGUGGGAGGCUUUGCUUUCCUGCAGUGCAUUCUCAAGUAUUAGCGCCUGGUGGUGCAGUUCCCUCCCAGUAUACAAGGCCUUUUGUUGUUAGCUUUCCAGAUAGUAGCAAUAAUGCUGGCUCAGAAAGUAGUAGAAAAUGGGGGAGGCAAGGGCUAGAUCUCAAUGCUGGUCCUCUUGGUCUAGAUAUGGAAGGGAGGGAUGAGACUCCAUCUAUAGUGGCAAGGCAAUUAUCUGUUGCCAAUUCUCAGGCCCUUGCAGAUGAACAGGCAAGGAUGUAUCAAGUGGCAGGUGGUGGCCUUUCAAAGAGGAAAGAGCCAGAGGGUGGGUGGGAAGGCUAUAAGCAUCCAUCAUGGCAACAGAGAGAUGCUUAAUGGUGCAAACGCAUGAUCUAUCAAGCCACUUUUCGGUUAUCUUGGGAUUAUGGCUGCUAACUCGGAGAUGGCGUCAUCUCACUCGUGCUCUUCAAGGGAUGGGUGGUAAGUGAGUUAAUUGCUGUGAUUCAGCAUCUGGACCCCCACCUUAGAGGUGUAGGAAUUGUAUUUAAAAGGAAUGAAUCUGUUUGGGGUCUGCAAGCUUGAAUUUGUGCUGGGUUCCUGCUGUUCACUUUCCCCUUUGUAGAUAUGUUAACUGUCGGAAAGCUGCAUGCAGUUUGUGUUUCCCAGCCUUACAGAAUAUUGGGGUUUUAGUGCAUCAAUUUUUUUUUAAUACUGUAGGACCCAAAACGUUUCUGAGAAUUGAGGAUGGGUUAGCGAACUGCUGAAAACAGAAGCCAUUUUGUAUGUGCUUUGAUGUUAAUUUAUCUGGUUUUUUUUCCUCCUCCCAUCCUUCUUUUUAUCAAAAUAUAUUUAUAAAAUAGCAAGCAAGCUGGACAUGUCAGUGUAGGAUGAUUCAAAUGACAGGUGAAAUCUGAUUUAGAAUAUUAAGUUGUGUUUUUUGUACUCUAUAUGUUGAUGAGUAUUCAUGAUACAUUUCUGCUUCA